UCCGAUUUUUAAAGUUAAUUGAAAACCAAAGAAAUUUCCAACUCCUUUCAUUUUCCAUUCACACCCUCUAAUACUCCAGUCCAGUAUGUCAACCUCCAACAUCACCACCACCACCACCUUCCUCACACCAUCUUCACAUCCAAACCAUAUUUGCACUCACACCAUGGAGCUCAACAGUAAUCAGCUAGACUUUGAAGAUCUCCUACUUCUACCCGAUCAGCCUCAAACUUGUACGGGAACUGCCUCUAUCACUUCUUGUCUUAAACCCUACACUACUCUUUCUCCAGUCAAUGGUGGCUGCUGGGCCUGGGAGGUUCCAAGCAACCACGCAUGUGUUGAUUAUAUGUUGCCAACAAAUGAGGGUUAUGUGCAGGCAAUGGAGAGAGAGGAUGUGGAGAAGUAUAGAAUCGCUUUCAGAAUCAAAUCUGGACUUGAGGUGAUGGAUGAUGGGUACAAAUGGAAAAAAUAUGGGAAGAAAAAGAUUAAGAGUAACCCUUACCCAAGGCACUACUACAGGUGCUCAAGGGAAGAAUGCAAGGUGAAGAAAAGGGUGGAAAGGGAAGGAGAAGAUGGGGUGUUUGUGAUAACAACAUACGAGGGGAAGCAUAACCAUGAAAGCCCUGCAACUUCAGCUGCGGCGCUUGACAUUUCUCGUACCCUUUAGAUCUUUACUUCUCUAAGAGCUCACUGCACUUUACGAUGCCAUAAAUUAAUACAUACUCUGCAUCAACCCUAAGCUAUAUAACUGGAAUAUUGCUACAUAAACUACUGCACUUGUUUCAAAUAUAUCCAUUACGUACUCUCUCUCUCUCUAUAUAUA